AUGGCGGAUGCUUUGGCUAACUUGGCAACAACAAUGGCACUCGGAGAAAAUGAGACAACAAAGGUAAAGAAGGAAAAUGUUGUUGAUUUCAUCAAAGCAAACAUGAUUUUUAGAUAUGGCAUACAAAGAUGUAUAGUUACUGAUAAUGGAACACCUUUCAACAAUAAACUCAUGAGUAGUUUGUGCGAGAAGUGCAAUUUUAAGCAACAUAAGCCUUCAAUGUACAAUGCACGUGCCAGUGGUCUUGCUGAAGCUUUUAAUAAGACACUUGGUAACCUAUUGAAGAAAGUAGUUACAAAGAAUAAAAGGGACUGGUAUGAGAGAAUUGGUGAAGCUUUGUGGGCAUAUCGUACAACCUUUAGAACAGCUACGCAAGCGACUCUGUUUUUAUUGGUGUAUGGCGUAGAAGCAGUCCUUCCACUGGAGAAGCAAAUUCCAUCAUUGUGA